AUGAGCACGACGCGCGUCUUUGUGCGGCUCUACGAUGGCACAACGCAGUGCGAGACGAGCGAUGAGGUGCUGUACCUGCCGCCGCCGCCGCUCAAGUGGAAGGACGCAAUCGCUGCGAUGGUGGCCGCAGUAGGCAAGAAGAGCAGCGCGCACGUUGACGCCGACGCGACGUCGAAGGCGCGGCUGUUUCUGCUGCCGACAGAAGUGGCAGGUAUUGCGGCAGAGCUGAACGCUCGCUCGUUGCGCUUUGGCGUUAGGGAGAACGACCGGUUUGUCAUUUGCCUGCAGGGGGAGGACUACCAAGAGCCCAAGGAGCGCCACGCGACGGUAAAGAUGGAAGCAAUAGCUACUACUCCUGCUGCUGGUGCUGAGUUUCUUUCGGCUCCCGGUCGAUCGUCGGCACGGCCCAUGACGCUGUCGACACCAAGUUCGGUCAGUGGCAAUGCCCAGCCCACUAUCUCACCGUAUGCUAACGGCCAGACCGCAGGCCAAACGAGCAAUGCUGCUCCCCCUUCUGGCAGUAUGGGAGGGCCGUCACGAGGCGGACCUGGAGGCGGUGUGCCACAUGGAGUUUUGAUGAUGUCUGGUGGCAAGAAGGCAAACAAGCGCUAUCGCAGUAUUUCGGGCAAGAUGGCGGCCAUAAAGUCGUUGGGCGACAAGGGCAUUAUUUCGAGUGAAGACCGUGGCCACUUGAAAGAUUUGCUGCUGAACAGUGACUCGCCACAGUUGCAAGAAGCACUGGACACGUACAACAACACUGGUGACUUUCAAGCGGUCAAGGAUUUGCUGCUGAAAGAGAUCCAGACUCCGUCUUCAAAGCGAAACACUGGCGACUGGUUAUCCGAGAGCUUUGUGAAUGACAUUGCGCUCAACUUCAACACGACGUUACCAUUACCAGCUACUGAGACAGAGCCAAUGCCGGUACAGACUGUCACCAGCACUGCCCGAUUUCACUCAGCACUGCCGACGACGUUGGCCUUGCCAGCAAACACGUACGGAUACCAGGCGACUAGUCAUGGUACGUCCGUGGGCGCGACAAGCUAUCCGCAGAGUUCGUCUACGGCGAUGAACCAAUAUGCAGCGUCUGGCAGCUUGGCUACUUCUACUAGUAGCAACCUCCCUGUGAGUAAUGGAUACAGCACUGGCACGGGCAUGCCCGCGUCAAACGGGUACCAGACGUUUGCGCCGCAGUUCUACAAUCCGCCAGUGCCCAACAACGUGUAUAGUGCACCACCAGCGCAGAUCAACUUGCCCCUUCGGAACCGCUCUACGUACGUCAAGCGCGGCUACCAGUCAUCGCCGGUCCACAACAUGAUGGGUAUGACACUACCUUCGGAUCCUUCUGCUGCCUCGAUGCAAAUGGGCAUGAAUGGGUACGGAAUGCAGCAAGGCUAUGCUGUGAACCAAUGUUCGUAUUCAGGAGGAACCGUCAUUUACGCCGGCGAUCAAUCUCAGUACAGCGUGAACCCGUACAUGGCUGACGGCAGUUACAGCCAGUACCAACAGCAGCCUCAGUACGGUAUGACCCGGUACGGCUACAGCAAUGUGCAGACUGACAUGGGCUACAAUUACUACGCAGCAGGCUACGGCUACGGCAAGGCUCAGCUUCGAGCUGGCCCGGGUGGCAAGUGGACUACUGCGCCGCCGAUGCCGUCGUAUCCUCCGCCGUGCUCGAAGAAGGAGAAGAUGGAGAAGAUUGCCAAGUGGCUGAAAAAGCGCGAGAGUCGCAAUUGGUCCAACAAGCCGUCUUACCCUGUGCGGCACAGCAUCGCAAAGAACCGCAAACGCGGCGAAGACGGUCGGUUCAUCACGAAAGUGCGGCUCGCUGAGAUGGCAGCAGAAGAGGCGGCAGCAGCGGCAGCGACGAGCGAAAACAGUACUGAGCCUCAUGAGGAGACUCCGUCGCCGUCUACAGCUGAUGAAGCCCUCAUGUUGAUGGUGUCGUAA